CACCACCCGACUAUUUACGAUCCCCAAACCCAAACGACCCAUAUAUAUACACACAUACAACAAGAACAAAACCCUAAUCACUGCCUCCCUCCUCAUCUUCGCUCUGCUCGUCGCCGCUUCAUCUUCUUCCCUUUCAGUUCAAUCAGACUUCGUACCGGCGGUGGUUGGAGGAUGAGUCGAGGCGGAAGCGCGGCGGCCGGAGGUGGCAAGGGGAAGAAGAAGGGGGCGACGUUCACGAUCGACUGCGCGAAGCCUGUGGAGGAUAAGAUUAUGGAGAUCGCCUCCCUCGAGAAGUUUCUCCAGGAGCGGAUCAAGGUCGGGGGCAAGGCCGGUGCGCUCGGCGACUCCGUCACUGUCACUCGUGAGAAGAACAAGAUCACUGUCACCUGCGAUAGCAACUUCUCCAAGCGGUAUUUGAAGUACUUGACCAAGAAAUACUUGAAGAAACACAAUGUUCGUGAUUGGCUCCGGGUUAUUGCUUCCAACAAAGAUCGAAAUGUGUAUGAACUUAGGUACUUCAACAUUGCUGAGAAUGAGGGUGAAGAUGAAGAUUGAUGAUCGCUCUCAUAUGUCAUAGCAUUCUUGUUUCAUUGCGCAGUUUGUAGUUCUUGUUAUGUUUAAUUUGUACUCUUUUCACAAUUUUGUUUCUUGAAUUAGUUAUUUUGCAUUAAUGCUGUUGGUGGGAUAAAGAAUUCGACACUUGCUAUUUCAGAGUUAGUUUAAUGUCUCUGUGUGGAGUUCAAUUGUGGUGA